AUGUCAUUAGCAAAAACAAGUGUUCAAAUCACAGUAUCAGAAGGUGCUAUAACAGAAUUUAUUGGGAUGCUUAUGCAAUUCAAUAUGAAAUAUCGGUAUAGUACUGGAUUUGGUAUAGAAGAAACUCAAGAUUUAUCUAUGGAAACUCAAUCAAAUAGCCGGAUACCUUUGGCCAAUUUGGAUACCAAUAACAAUUAUAAUAUUUCUAAUCCAGAAUAUCAUAGACCGAAAGGGAGACCUCCAAAAAGGUAUAAAUCAUCAAUAGAAGAAAAUUCUACUAAAAAUACUUCGUCUAAAAAGUGUAGUUAUUGUUUGGAUAAAGGACAUAAUAUUCGAAGUUGUGCAAAAUACAAGGUUGAUAAGGAGAAUAUGAAUAGCAUUACAAAUCAUUAA